CUGCAAUCACCUAUUCAACAACGAGCACUUCAUCGAGGAGGCGGAGACAGAGCGCGACCAUUCAACCAACCGACCAUGCCUCACGCGGACAGCAGUCUCGUCCCUAAUGAUCUGAAAUCCAAGACAGAGUUCUACGCCCAUGUCCACUCUUCUCUCGAAGCGUUACUUGGAGAGUCAAGAUAUUGGGUAUCCAACCUAGCUCAAACCGCUUCACUUCUCUACCACGCUUACCUCUCUUCUCCCCUCUACGGUCUUCACGAAGGAUCGUCCCAUGUUCCAGUGAUCAACUGGGUUGGAUUCUACCUUUAUAACCCAUCAUGCCUACCUUCCUCAUCGACCCCUACUCCGACCCCUGUCCCAUUAGGCCCGUACCAUGGUCGACCAGCCUGCGUGGAGUUCGUACCGAGAUCAGGGAAGGGAGUUUGCGCAGACGCAUUCACCAGCGGAAAGCCUGUACUUGUUCAGGAUGUGCAUGCGUACCCUGGGCAUAUCGCAUGCGAUGGGGAUACAAUGUCGGAAAUCGUAUUACCUUUGGUGAUUAGUUCAAGCUCUGAGGAUCGAGUCAUUGGCGUAUUGGAUCUUGACUCGACAGUGUUGCAUACUUUCAACGAGGAGGACAGAGAGGGUUUGCAGAAAAUCGUCGAGUUGUUGAGGACGGCAUGCGAUUGGAAGUAAGCAGGGUCGAAUCCACAAUGAAGCACAUAACAUAUCAUACAUCCAUAAUAGCAUUGCAUUGCAUGGUUCCAGCGUGGCCCGUAGUCCU